UGACCUUGUUAUCUCCAUAUUUUAGAAUCUACUAGAAGUUGGUAGCUUCUGCGCUUCCCUAUUCCACGUCUCGUUUAUCUCCCGCUUUCGUGAUGGUAUUUGGUCGAUAAAAUACCCGGAAUUGGCUAGGAUGCUUGAAGAGACCAAAAGUACGGUGGCGUCCCGCUCCAAUUUAGACGCUUUAUUAGAACCCUGUAGUGACGGGCUUCGUGUCAACGAAUGAAGCCCUAAAUACAAUAGUGUUUUCUUUCUAGCCAAGUUAGAAAGAAAGACUAAAGUUCCGCAUUAAGGUUUCUUUCUUUCUAGGUCUUGCAUGCAAAAUCCCCUGUCCUUUCAUCUGAGAGGCUAAGUAAGAAACGCUCACACAUCGCGACAACAUGGCCGCCUCCUUGUGUUCCUCCGCUUGUCCCUUGUCUCCCCCAAUUAAAGUCCAGGCUCCAACCCCCGGAUCUUCCGCCGUGAUGUCCGCUUCGCUUAGUCCAUCCUCUUCUAGUCCGUUCUCGUCAAGUCCGUGUUCGUUAAGUCCGUUCUCGUCACGCGUUCCCGUCGCUAGACCUACUCGUUCCAAUGUCCUAUCUUCGAAAACCCAUCUCUCGUCUAUAUUUCCUUCGUCAAACGGGAGUUUGCAUUCAAGAUUAGUCAUGAGAGGGUCCCCUUAUCCCGUUAUAGCGCCAACCGCCGGAAUUGCAUCUCUCGUCCUCCAGUCCCCGUCGCACAUUCGUCGACGUGUUUCCAGGGGUGUGACGGAUGGCUCCACGUGUCAGUUCCCGAUUCGCAGAUUAAACUCCUGUAGCUGUUUCGCGAAAUCAUCUCAGAGGGUUCGCGAGCGGCUAUCAUCGGCUUUAAGGAGGGAUUUUCAAGAGAACGUCCCGUCAAAUGCCCGCGCAAAUGCCCGCGCAAAUGUGCGCGCACGGGCGUAUGUGGGUCCUCUCACAGGCUCUUCAGAUGCGGAAAACGUGGAGGGGCUUGCAGGGGAAGAGGAGCUGGGAACAACGACGCACGCGGAAUGGGAACCCAAUGACGUGGAAAAGCACCGCGCUGACGUGGAGAAGUGCCGUGAUGACGUGGAGCAGGUCGCACGAGAUUGGCGGGUGGAGGAAGGUGGAGGGGAAGCGGAGUCAGAAGCAGCAACGGGAGCAGCAGCGUCAGGAGCAGGGACAGCAGAAGCAACAGCAGGAGCAGCAGCAGCAGCAGGAGCAGGAACAGUAAGCGAAGAGGCGGGGCUAGGAGUAGAAUCAGACAUUGCGUGUGGCGAAGGGAUUGGAAACGGGGCGGUUAUGGAUGGCAGUGCGACUGAUGCGGGUCAAUCCAGGUGGGGAUUCGACCAGCAGCAAGAGCAGCAGGAAGAAUUGGAGGAUCAGGAGCAUCAGCAGCAGCAGAAUCAGCCGCAGCAACAGGAGCAGCAGCAGUUUGAGGAGCAGCGGAAGCAACAACCGCAGUAUAGCCAUCUGCAGGAUGCUCAGUGGCAAGAGCAACAUGCACAGGAAAACUACUGGGCAGAUCAGCAAGAGCAGCAGCAACAAGAGCAGCAAUUUGAGCAGGAGCAGCAAUUUGAGCAGCAACAGCAGCAAUUUGACCAAGAGCAACAAGCACAGGCAGAGCAUUGGGCAGCUCUGCAGCAGCAGCAGCAGCGGCAAGAGCAGCAGCAAUUUGACCAAGAGCAGGAUGCGCAGUGGAAAGAGCAACAAGCACAUGCAGAAUACUGGGCAGAUCAGCAGCAGCAGCAGCAACAAGAGCAGCAAUUUGAGCUGCAACAGCAGCACUUAGAGAAACAACUAGAGCAGCAGGAGCAGCAACAACAGGAUGCGCAGAGGCAGGAGGAACAAGCACAGGCAGAAUACUGGGUAGGGCAGCAACGGCAACAGCAACAAGAGCAACAGCAAGAGCAGCAAGGGCAGCAGCAGCAGGACGCGCAGUGGCAGGAACAACAAGCACAGGCAGAAUACUGGGCAGAGCAGCAACAGCAUCAGCAACAGCAACAACAAGAGCAGCAAGAGCAACAGCACCAGCAGCAGCAGCAAUACGAGCAGCAACAGCAGCAGGAACAGCAGCAGGAUGUGCAGUGGCAAGAGCAACAAGCGCAGGCGGAACGCUGGGCGCAGCAGCAGCAGAUACAGCCUGAGUACCAACAGCAGCAGGGGGAGGAGGAGCAGCAAUUAGAGCGUGAGUAUCAACUGCAUGAGCAGCAAGCACAGGCAGAGGGCUGGGCGCAGCAGCAGCAGCAGCAAAUGGAGCCUUCUGAGUACUCGUCGCAGCAGCAAGUGGCCAUGGAGCAGCAGCAAGACUACUCGUCGCAGCAGCAAGAGUACUCGUCGCAGCAGCAAGAGUACUCGUCGCAGCAGAAAGAGUACUCGUCGCAGCAGCAAGUGGGCACGGAGCAGCAGCCAGUGGGCACGGAGCAGCAGCCAGGGGUGAUGGGUGUUGGAUUCCUGGACUAUAGUGACGAGGAGGAAGGGGAUGAGGAAGCUGCGUGGGUGCUUCUUGAUGUCCAUGCAGAGCACGAGGAGGAUACCGUUGUGUUCAGGUUCGGGUCGAGAGAGCAGGCGGAAGCGAGAGUGGAGCAGUUGGAGCGGCAGGCGCAGAGCCUGAGGGAGCAGAUCCAAGAUGCAGAGAGGGAGAAGCAGGCGCGGCAGCAGCUGCAGCUGCAGUUGCAAAAGGAACAGCAGGAGCAGCAGGAGUGGCAGGAGCAGCAGGGGCAGCAGCAGCAGGAGCAGCAGGAGCAGCAGGAAGGGGGAGGGGGGGCUGGCGUGCAAUUUGUAUCGAGUCAAGAGCCGGUUGGGGUGCAAGAGAUGCAGUGGGAGGAGCAGGAGCUGCGGCAGCUUAUGGACCAGCAGAGGGAGCACCAGCAGCAGCAGGUGGAGUUUGAGUGGAACGAGCAGCAGCAGCAGCAGCAGCAGCAGCAGCAGCAGCAGCAGCAGCAGCAGCAGGGGUAUGGAGCAGGUGAGGAGCAGGGGUUCAGAGAGGAAGGGCAGAUCCAGCAGCGAUUUGAAGGGGAGGGAGAAGCCCAGCAGAGUGAAGCCCAACAGAGUGGAGCCCAGCAGGGGUACAUACCAGAGGAGCAGGGCGAACAGGGAUUCCAGGAGGAGCAAGACGUAUCUUUGCAAGGGUAUGAGGGGCUAUCUCUGCAGCAGGCCUUGCAGGGGCAGGAGGGGCAGCGGGGGGAUCAGGGCAUUCAGGGCGCUCAGGACGUUCAGGGCAGUGCGUCUCCUGCGGAUUGGGAGGCCACUGGUCGUCCUGGCACCGUGCUUCUAGAGGAGGAGGAGGUUUUCCCUAUCCCGGUCCCAGUGCUGCAAUCCGAAGUGGAAGGGGUGCAGUUUGCAGUGCAAGAGCAAGCGGCACAGGAGCUAGGAGCACCAGAGGAGGCAGCACAGGGGCACACAGGACAAGAGCAAUAUGUAGAGCAGGGAGCAGCAGGGCAAGGAGCGGAGGCAGGGGCACAGGAGGGAGGGGCUUUUGCAGGGGAAGAGGUGGCAGACGAAGCACCUCUGUAUCCGGAGAGCGAGAGCCUGGCCAUCCAGGUGCCUGAGGGCAAGGAGGACGUGGUGCUCCACCAGCUGCAGCUGAAGGUUGGCGUCUACAGCGUGCCCCACCCUGCCCGGGCAUCACGAGGGGGCGACGAUGCUUACCUGGUGGAAGGGAACUGGCUGGGCGUGGCGGAUGGCAUUGGCACGUGGACGGACCAAGGCAUCAACGCGGGGCUGUAUUCCCGUGAGAUGAUGUGGAACUGUGUCAACGUGAUCCGCUCCCGGCAGGAGGGGGCGGACAGCGACGCGGAGGACGACAGCGAUGACGAGUUUGCCGACCACCUGGACGGCAGAUCCGAUUCUGAGCUGGACUCCGAUCACAACGACUCAGCAGGCGUCGGGCGGGGCGCGGCGGGCGGCGGCGCGGACGGCGGUGCGGGCGGCAGGAGAGGGAGGGGCGUGGGGAGCGGGGGAGGGGUGGUGAGCGGGGUGGGGGCGGGGGGCGAUGACUACGACUAUGGGUACUAUGAGGAGGAGGAGCUUGAUCCCAUGGAUCCCAAGGGGGUGAUUGAGGAGAGCCACAGCCGCACGGAUUUACGGGGAUCCUGCACCAUCACUCUGGCAGUGCUGGAUAAAGAUCGCCUGCGGGUGGCCAGCAUAGGCAGCUGCGGGUUCGUACUGCUGAGGAGGGGCGAGCUGGUGAUUCGGUCGGAGCGCAUGGAGCACUCGUUUGGCAACCCCUUCCAGAUAGGCCACGAGGCGGGGGACGGCCCAGACUGCGCCAAGGACUACACCAUUCCCGUGCAAGCAGGAGACGCGAUCCUCCUGGCGACCAACGGGCUCUUUGACAACCUGUUUCUCGACACGAUCGUGCGCGUGCUGUGUGCAGCGCUGCAGGAGGGGAAGAGACCAGAGUCCGUGGCUCGCAAGCUCGUGUCGAUGGCGCAUAAAUCAGGGGAGAGCACAGUCGAGCCGACACCGUAUGCAAUAGCCGCUAAAGCAGCAGGGGUGAACCACGAGGGGGGGAGGAGGGACGACGUGACGGUGAUAGUGGCGUACGUGCAAUGAGGGGGGAAGGAGGGGAAGAGGGGAGGAGGGGAGGAGGGGAGGGGAAGAGGAGGGAUGGCUUCAAAAGCAGCAGGGGUGAACCACGAGGGGGGGAGGAGGGACGACGUGACCGUUCUUGUGGCGUAUGUGCAAUGAGGGGGGGAGGAGGGGAGGAGGAGGAGAGGGGGGGAUGUAAGGAGAGGAGGAGGGGAGAGGGGGAGGAGGGGAGAGGGGGAGGAGGGGAGGAGAGAUGGCUUCGUGUACGUACUCAGGAGCACCCAAGGCAGCAGGGGUGAACCACGAGGGGGGGAGGGGCCAUGUGACUGUUAUAGUGGCAUACGUGCAAUGAGGGGAGAAAUGCGGGGGGGGGGGAGAGGGGGGAGGAGGGGAAGAGGGGAGGAGGGAUGGUGUGAUGCAGGGGAGGGAACGGGAGAGCCGACACUGUAUGCGAUAGGAGCCAAGCCAGCAGGGGUGAAUCAUGAGGGGGGGAGGAGUGACGAUGUGACUGUCAUAGUGGCUUAUGUGCAAGGAAGGGGGGAGGAAGGGAGGUGGCAUUUCGACAGGUGCGUGCUUCUUUGUAGGCGGUUCCAGGCACCUGGAAGUGCAGCGCAGGUGCCUGGAAGGUCUCUGUAGGUAAAGGCUUUGGUGGUUGGCGAUAAGCUGAGAGCAAGCAACGAGGCGGCAAUGUCAAGGUGCAAGAAUAAGGGGGGGAGGGCGAGGGAGGGGGCUUUUUUUUCGCAUCAUCCCUCUCCUCCACACCUUCCCUCCCAUCCACGACACAACCCUCCAUCUUUCCUCCUUGCAACCCCUCCACCUCCAUCUUGCUUUGUGGUGCUCCAGACCUCAGCUUCCUGCACCUCCAUGGUGCUUCGAUGCGCCUUGCACCUGCCACUAUCGGUGGGCCUUCGAGUCAGAUCCCCCAGUAGAGCCACUCCACCUCCCACCUCCCACCUCCCACCUCCCACCUCCGAGUCUCCAUCUCGUCUCCGUCUGUCCCUGCUCCCACCAGUCCAUUUUCAUCCGCAUCAUCUCAGCCGUUGAUCCCCAUCUCCAUCGUCUGUUUGCUUCCGCCACCACUUCCACUGGCAUUUUGAGCCCCCUAAAACGCCAUUUCCACCACCGCAGCUCCCGUCAUCGUGUCCUCUCCAAGCCACUACACGGUUUCCACCACAACACUCUCUCUCCACUGUGCGGGUCCGGUUAGGUCCGGUCUCUCUGCCGCCCGAGCUUUGCGCUGAUUGUGUUGGCGAGCCUAGUGUUUUGCGAGCGAAAGGUUUCCACCAGGUGCAGGUGCAGCCUACAAGCCUGUGUUGUGUGCAUCAAGUGUGCUUUGAGCUCCGCUUUUUGCAGCGUUGGUGAACGCAAUUUCCAUGCAAGGGUUGACCCCUAGUCGACUGUACUAGUCUGCCUUAAGUAGCAAGUUAUCAGCGUGGUCUAUGUUUUCUUGGCUAGUCGAGGCUAGUGCUUGUGCGCGUCUACUCGGAGUGGUGUUGAGUGUGUGACUAUAUGGUGUGAAUGAAAUCAAUUGGACCAAAUGUAUUUGAGAC